AUGGCAAUGGAAAAUGAUAUAUAUUUGAAUAUUCCACAAAGAACAUUUAUUAAUGAAAAAUAUUUAUUGGAAGCAAUCACUCAUAAAACAUACGCACAAGAAAAUUUACUGACAGCUGGUCCAUAUAACGAAAGAUUAGAAUUGUUGGGUGAUUCUGUUAUUAGUUUUUUGGUAAUUGAUUAUUUGUAUGAGAAAUUUCCCGAUUAUAAUGAAGGAAAAUUAACUGCCAUAAAGUCAAAACUAGUUUGUAAAAAAUCUUUAGCAAAAUUUGGAUUUUCGAUAGGCCUGCCAAAUUUGUUGAGAUUGGGAAUUGGCGCUUUGGCUGAAGGUUCUAGAUACAAGGAAAAAUUUAUAGAGGAUGCGUUUGAAGCAUAUAUUGGUGCUGUAUUUUUGGAUUGUGGUAAAAAUUAUAAAGAGGUAGCCGAAUAUUUGAGACAAUUCCUGGAACCAGCCAUAAAAGAAAUAGCAAGUAAAGAAAACACGGAACAAGAGGAGAUUAAUGAAAUAACUCAAAAAUUAAAUGGAAUUGGACCUAUCGAUUCAAGUAUUUCUAAUAAAGAUUAUCUGGACUCUAUCAAUAAAUUACAAACUUGGUCUCAACGUAGAGGUUUAGGAAUACCAGUAUACAAACCAGUGGAUGAACUAGGUGUCUCGUAUCCAGUUUGCAAUCCUAUGUUCGCUUAUGAAGUUAUGCUGAAUGAUGAGAUUAUUGGUAAGGGGAGUGGAAGUAAUAAGAAAGAAGCGAAAAAAAAAGCUGCUAUAGAUGCACUAAGAAGUCAUCUGAAUUUCAACAUAGACGAUAAUAUAACUGAACCUAUUAACACUCUACAAAUCUAUUAUCAAAGAAGGGGAGGUAAAAUCCCCGAAUACAAGGAAGUUCAUUCCGUUGCUUUUAAAUCUAAUCCUGAAUUCACGUUUCAAGUGUUUAUCAACAAUGACGUUUAUGGUGUUGGAACUGGAUCUAAUACAAAAAAUGCCAGAAAAGCUGCUGCCAACAAUGCUCUUGAAAAAAUAUACAGAAAUGAAUCCAUUUGUUCUAAUCCAUUUAUCAACAACAAUGAACAUGAACCCAAUUCCAAUACUCCUGUAAAAUUUCGUAGUAAAUCCGAUAUCCCACUUCAAGUGGCCGAUUCCAAUAACAAUGCCCUUGAAAAAUUUACACCCAUGUGCUCUAAUUCUGAAUUCAAAAAAAUUCAAAUGGUUUUCAAAGAUGAGGCUGUAUCUGAUCCCAAUGCAAGAAAAGCUAUAAUGUACUCGUAG